AUGGAGACAGACUGCCGCAGCCCAGCGGAGGUGGUGGACACCGCCAAGCUGCUGCGGCACCGGGGGCCCGACUGGAGCGGCGUGUUCUGCAAGGACCGCACGAUCAUCGCUCACGAGCGGCUCGCCAUCGUGGAUCCGGACCGCGGCGCCGCCGCGGAGGAGGACAAGUCCAUCGUGCUGGGCGUGAACGGCGAGAUCUACAACCACGUCGAGCUGCAGGAGAAGCUCGAGGCGAGAGCACCUGGAAAGCACAAGUUCAAGACCAAGAGCGACUGCGAGGUCCUGCUGCAUCUCUACGCCGAGGACGGGCCGGACUUCCUGGCCAAGAACGAGGACCUCCUUGCCAAUUUCGCUGCAAUGGCAAAUUUGACGUAUGCCGGCCGCAUCUACCAGAACCCGAUGAAACCCAAGGAGAUUUGGGCCAACAUUGGUUGGAAUACGCAGGGCAACCAGUUAUUCCCGCCGUGGGAACCCGCACUUCGGGCACACGUGGCUGAGGGCGACUACAAUAAGAUCAUGGACGCCCUCCGGUCCGAGUUUGCAAACAGCCCCACCGGGAAUUUUGCCUUAUCAUUCUGCGCCAUGAUGCUCUGCCAGCUCACGCUGGGAAUCCUCUCCUGUCCUCUGUGCUACCUGAAGCUGAAGAUCAACGAGUUCAACGCGAAGCUGAAGGAGCUUCCUGGCAGUCUGGGAUUGACUGGGGUUCGCAUUGAGAUGACAGAAAUGGCGGGCGCCUUCGGGGGGAAUUGGGUGGAUUCGAAAGGGCAGCCUUUGAUGAUGCAGGGGCAGCGUGGAUCUAUUCCUGGGGGGCCACCUCUGGGCUACAACGUCAUUUUUACCUUGCCGGCUAGUCUGUCAUGGCCGCCCAAUGGCGCGCCAGGACAACACAUGAUGGCGGCCCCAGCGACCGCCGUUGUCAUUGGGGCUCAAGACGUUGCCCAGAAGAUCACGUCGCUCAAGCAGUUGCUCGAUGCAGGUGCGCUUACUCAGGAAGAGUUCGACGCGAAAAAGCAUCAGCUCAUGGAUCAGAUUUGA